AUGGGUGGUGCCGUGGAUCCUAUAGAGAGGAGGAAGGCGUCGUUUUGGUUUGUUUUACGGAAUGGCUUUAAUAUCCCGUUUUGGGAUGUUAUGUGGUUGAAAGGGAUGAUCUUGAAGGAGGUGUUUCCGAGUCUUUAUGAGGCUUCUAGUUUGAAAAUGGUGUCGGUAGCGGCUAUGGGAGGUUGGGUGGAUAAUAGGUGGACUUGGGGGAAUUAUGGCAUUUUGGGGAAUCGGUUUCUUGUUCACGAGGUGCCGGUUGAAUGGGGAGUUCUUCGUGGCUUUUUGGAGGAGUAUGGGGAGAUGGGUUCGGAAAAAGAUGGGGCGGAAUGGAUCCCUUCGAGGGGUGAUGAUUUCUCGGUGGCUUCUUGUUAUGAGGAGUAUGCUAGUUACCGCAUCCCUUUCGGCCCGAAUGGUAGACAUUGUGACGCAAAGAAAUUGGUAUGGAAUUCGGAUGUUCCUUUCAAGAUAAAGGCGUUUGGGUGGAGGCUCCUUGCUAAUAGGCUCCCAACAAAAGAUCUUUUUGUGCUUAGAGGUAUUCCGUUAUCUUUUGAUGCUUCCUUUAUGAAUAUAUCUAAAGGAACAAAACGAACAAAAAUUACUCCUCAAAUAUUGAUUGAUAUGGACGCGGAUAGACUCAGUUCGUUACCAGAUCUUAUAAUUGAAAAGAUACUGUCCUACAUUCCAAUUAAGGAAGCAAUUGGAACAAGUGUUUUAUCUAGUAAAUGGAUUAACAAAUGGCGCACACUCCCAAGUCUUGUAUUUGAUACAUAUUGUGUCUCAAUUAAAGCUUCUGAAGACCGUUCAAAUUUCAAUAUGAAGUUUGUGAAAAUUAUUGAUCAUGUACUUUUAGUUCAUUAUGGACCAAUCAACGUGUUCAAGAUCUGCGACUACUAUAAUAAUCGCGUGAGUCUUAAAACCGAUGUUGAUCGAUGGAUUCUUCAUCUAACAGGAAGGUCUAUUCAAGAGCUUGUGCUGGAAGUUUGGAUAGAUAAACAAUAUCAAAUACCUCAGUUCAUUUUUGGAGGGGAAAGUGUGCGGACUUUAGAGUUAUAUAGGUGUUCACUUAAACCUCCAUCAAAGUUCGAAGGUUUCAAGAACUUGAAAAGUCUUGGUUUAUAUCAUGUUACUAUAUCUCAAGAUGAUUUUGAAAACCUGAUAUUCAACUGCUCUUUGCUGGAAAGUUUGACAUUGAUGAAGGUUAUCGGUGUCUCCCAUAUUAAUAUCCAUGCACCAAAUCUUAAAGUGUUGAACAUUUCGGAUGAAUUUGAGGAUAUUAACUUUGACAAUGCUUGUCAAAUAACUUCUGUAUUCGUCGAUUUACGUUUGUAUUUCAACUCUGAAAACAAUCAAAGUAGAUUGCAUGGUGGAGGUUCUAGCAAUUUGCUCAAAUUUUUCAAUCAUCUACCUCACAUAGAGGGCCUAGCUAUUGAUAAUUAUUUUUUAAAGUUAAUCGUUGCAGGUGUUGUCCCAGUAAAACUUCCUAUUCCCUGUAUCAAUCUACUUGGUCUUUCUUUAUUCUUAAACUUUGAUGAUUUGAAGGAAAUUUCGGCUGCUCUUUGCCUGCUCAGAAGCUCACCUACUCUUAUAUCAUUAAAAAUAUAUGCACGGAUUGAGCAGCAUUCCGCACCUCUGACACCACCUAUAAGUGAAAACUAUUGCUGGGAAGAUACAUUUUCCAAGCCAGACACACCCAUCCAUGUGCAGCACUUGAGGAUAAAUAACAUCUCCGGACUCCAACCUGAACUAGAAUUUAUCAGAUUUCUGGUUCUCUAUUCGCCCGUGCUAGAAAAAAUUAUUGUAGAGCGUAAUCCAAAUGUCGGAACGGAGUUGUUUAUUGAAAUAAUUGAGUACAUACUUCGGUUCAAAAGUGCAUCAGAAAUAGAAGUUAUUUACCACGAGAAUGACUCCUCAUGCAUUUGUAUUCUCUUCCAAUCAUCUAAGUUCUUCAAAAGUCUACCAGAACUAGAGUAA